UGAAAAUGCAGUAAAGCUCACACAAGUAACACAACUCCCAGGCCUGAAAAAAGGAGCAGAAGAGCCAGGGGAUGACUUCGCUAAGCAUCGCAGGCUGCAGUGGCAUCAAGGUGACACCACUCAGAUCAGUAGGGGAGCGAUCAAGGCCAAGAUCAGGAAAUGGUUUUCUCCUGAAUGUCUCCUCCUCCUCCACGUCGUCGUCACGAGCGAUCACAACUUGCUCUCUGAAGCCUCCACCUUCCUACGGCGGCAAGGCGAAGGGGAAGAUCAAUCCCAGAGAUCUCUUCACCUUCUCCUACAGGUUCAACACCGACAUCCCCAUGGGCGAAACUCCAGGGGCGUCCAUCGAUGAGUACCUCAUGAACAGGCCCAGGAUCGUCGGAGCCGUGUUCCCCGAUAAGCGGAAGCGAACCAAACUUAACGAUGAGGAGUGGAGCGUGCAGCUGAUCCCCAUCCAGUUCCUCUUCCUGUCAGCCUGUCCGGUGAUCGCCAUCCGCUUCGUGAGCAGGUCCGGCGGGAAGGGGUACCCGCCGCACGUCCCCGUCCGCGCCACCAGCCUCCUCCUCAUGGAGGUCACGGACUACAGGCUGGAGGGGCUGCAGAGGGACGCCAUGCCGUCGCACAUGGCGGUGACGGUGCGGGGCACGCUGUACCCGCAGCCGGAGGGGCGCCGGAGCCUCAAGGGCCACGUCGAGAUGAGCGUCGGCUUCAACCUGCCCCCCGUCCUCGCGCUCGUCCCGGAGCCCAUCAUCCGCGGCGUCGCCGACACCGUGCUCAGGCAGCUCGCGCAGCAGAUGAAGCACGACUUCGACACCGGACUCGCUGCGGACUUCAAGAAGUACCGUAGGGAGAAGCUCACCGAGAAGAGGACCGAACACUGAUUCAUGAACUUUCUUUCUGCAUUUUCUUUCCUUUUGGGUGCCGUUGGCUGCCCGGUAACAAGUACAGUAGUGAAUUGAUGUUGAUGGCAGUAGUUCAUGCAAAAGAUUCUUUGGAGCUCGCCGCAUGAUCAACGGACUGCGGAAGCAUCUUGUUAGUCGUUCGGAGCGAUGGCAUGAUCGAGAAGAUAAUAACUUAGGAUCCAAGUGCUGUAAAUUAGUAUGUACAUAAUGAUGUAUAACAUGAAUAUUCAGUUAUACAAAGAUUUGCUGG